GUUUCUCCGCAUUGCUCAUGUGUUGCGUGGACCGACCAACUUGCUUAUUUGGCAAAAAACCCUGUAAUUUAUAAAUCAAACAGCAAACAAAGGAACCAUGGUUCUAGACCUAGACUUAUUCCGUGCCGACAAAGACGGAAAUCCGGAUAAAAUUCGUGAGAACCAAAAGAAACGUUACAAAGAUGUUGCGCUGGUCGACACCGUCGUGGAACAGGACCUCCUUUGGAGGCGAUUGCGCCACGACGCAGACAACUUGAACAAGCUGAAGAAUGUCUGCAGCAAAGAGAUAGGUCUGAAGAUGAAGGCCAAGGAGCCGGCCGGCGCGGAGGACGAGCCAGUUCCUCAGGAAGUGGCCGAUAACCUGAUCACCCUUACCGGCGAGCAGUUGAAGCCGCUUACCGUGAACCAGAUCAAAAAGGUCCGCCUAUUAAUAGACGAAGCCAUCACAAAGAACGAGCAGGGUCUGCAGACAGCAGAGAAGGCUCGUUCAUCAGCCCUGAGAGAAGUGGGCAACCACCUCCAUGAGUCGGUGCCAGUCGAUGAUGAUGAAGACCACAAUGCAGUUGAGAGGACCCACGGAGACUGCACUGUGAGGAAUAAGUACUCUCAUGUGGAUCUCAUUUGUAUGAUUGAUGGCAUGGACGGCGACCGCGGCGCGGCGGUGGCGGGCGGGCGCGGGUACUACCUGAAGGGCGCGGCCGUGUUCCUGGAGCAGGCGCUGGUGCAGCUCUCCCUGCGCAUGCUGCUCAACAAGGGCUACACGCCGCUGUACACGCCCUUCUUUAUGAGGAAAGAUGUGAUGCAAGAAGUAGCCCAACUGGCCCAAUUCGACGAGGAACUCUACAAAGUGGUGGGCAAGGGCUCGGAGGAGAAGGGCGACGCGGCCGUGGACGAGAAGUACCUGAUCGCCACGUCGGAGCAGCCCAUCGCCGCCUACCACCGCGACGAGUGGCUGCCCGAGGCCACGCUGCCGAUUAAAUACGCGGGUCUGUCGACGUGCUUCCGCCAGGAGGUGGGGUCGCACGGGCGCGACACGCGAGGCAUCUUCAGGGUGCACCAGUUUGAGAAGGUCGAGCAGUUCGUGCUGACGUCUCCGCACGACAACGCGUCGUGGAAUAUGAUGGAGGAGAUGAUCAACAACGCGGAGGAGUUCUACAAGGUGCUCGGGAUUCCCUACAGGGUAGUGAACAUAGUAUCCGGAGCCCUCAACCACGCGGCGGCCAAGAAGCUGGACCUGGAGGCGUGGUUCCCCGGCUCCGGCGCGUUCCGCGAGCUGGUGUCGUGCAGCAACUGCCUCGAGUACCAGGCGCGCCGGCUGCUCGUCAGAUACGGUCAGACGAAGAAGAUGAACGCGGCGACGGAGUACGUGCACAUGCUGAACGCGACCAUGUGCGCCACCACGCGCGUCAUCUGCGCCAUCCUCGAGGUGCACCAGACUGAGGAGGGGAUCAAGAUUCCCGAAAUUCUGAAGCAAUGGAUGCCGGAGCAGUACCAGGAGCUGAUCCCGUUCGUGAAGCCAGCGCCCAUCGACGUGGAGGCCGCCGCCGCCGGCAAGAAGGGCAAGAAACAGAAGGAAGACAAGAAAUGAACAUUUCAAACAUAACUAUACUGCAGUUAUAAAGGCAUUUAAUUUAUUUUCACGCAAAGCUUUUAUAUUUUAUAUGUUAAAAUAAAGAAAUGGCCAGCCUA